UAAUUUUCCGAUCCCAAAAAAAAAAAAACCCUCCUUUUUCCUCCAGUAGUCUUUCCGGUGACCGUGGGUCUUCACUUCUAGUCUUCUCCCGUGGGGUUUUUCUCAUCUUUGCACAGCCCGUGACCUCUCUCUGUCUCUCUCUCUCUAUCUGAAAAGAAACCCCCAGCCGAGAAAUUUCCUGUAUUGAUUGAUUUGAUUGAAGUUAUAUAAUCACAGUUACAAGCAAUCGAAACUCAUUUGGAAAUUGGAUCUGAAUUCUCGAGGAAACCAUUAACAUUCCCAUUGUCAUGGCAUCCCCAAAUCAACAAACCCCACAGUUUGAUAUGCACAAAUUCUUCAUGCCCACAACCACGGCAACAAUCCAAAACCCUUCUCCCAAUCUCAUGAUUCCUCCGACCUCAAUCCCUUCUUCUUCGUAUCCUCCUCUUACCGGUACCCACUCCAACUUCCGCUUCCAAUUCCCUCAGCAAUUCCACCACGCCCCCUCGUUUCCGUUGCCCAAUGACAACCACCACCACCACCACCCUUCUCCUCCUGCUAUCUCUAACAUGCCACAGCGUUCUAUGUCAUAUCCUACACCGUCUCUUCAACCUCAGCCCCAACAGCACCAGCAGCAGCACCGAAACCCUUCUCCUCGCAAGAAUAAUGAGCGUAGUGGGGCUGAAAUAAUGGCCCUCCUCCGCCCACCCCCUUCUCCGCCGCUUAAUCAAGAACCGUCACCGCAGCCGCCUCAAUUGCUUCAGCAUCAGCAUACCCCGGAAUUCAGCAACAAUAUUCCGCCUGUGGGACCCAUUAGGAUGCCGAGCAGCAAGAUGCCCAAGGGAAGGCGGAUUUUGGGUGACCAUGUGGUGUAUGAUGUGGAUGUGAGAUUGCAAGGGGAGGUUCAGCCUCAGCUUGAGGUUACCCCUAUCACUAAAUACACUUCGGAUCCUCAGCUGUGCUUGGGAAGGCAAAUUGCCGUCAAUAAGUCUUACAUUUGUUACGGGUUGAAGCAGGGCAAUAUUAGGAUUCUCAACAUCAAUACUGCUUUGAGGUCCUUGUUUCGCACCCAAUCUCAGAGGGUCACCGAUAUGGCUUUCUUCGCUGAGGAUGUUCAUCUCUUGGCUAGUGCUGGCCUAGAUGGACGGAUUAAUGUCUGGAAAAUUUCUGAAGGUCCAGAUGAGGAAGAGAAGCCUCAAAUUACUGGAAAGACUGUUAUUGCUGUUCAAAUAGUAGGAGAGGGGGAAAUUAAAAAUCCACGAGUUUGUUGGCACUGCUAUAAACAAGAAAUUUUGGUUGCUGGAGUUGGUAAACAUGUUCUUAGAAUUGAUACUAACAGAGUUGGAAAGAAUGGAGUAUAUUCAUCAGACGUUCCUCUUCAGAUUCCUGUUGAUAAACUGAUUGAUGGUAUCCAGUUGGUGGGCAAACAUGAAGGAGAAGUGACUGAUUUAUCAAUGUGCCAGUGGAUGACUACCCGUUUGGUUUCUGCUUCUAUGGAUGGCACGAUUAAGAUCUGGGAAGAUCUCAAGGCGGUGCCUCUUGUGGUAUUGCGACCACAUGAUGGGCUGCCUGUGUACUCAUCUACCUUCUUGACUGCUACCAACCGGCCAGAUCAUAUCACCCUUAUCACAGCGGGGCCCCAGAAUCGGGAAUUGAAAAUUUGGGUCUCAGACAAAGAAGAAGGAUGGCUCCUACCUAGUGACGCAGAUUCAUUGACUUGCACCCAGACCUUAGAGCUGAAGAGUUCAGCUGAACCUCAAGUUGACGAGGCGUUCUUCAAUCAAGUUGUAGCUCUAUCCCAAGUGGGUCUCCUCUUACUUGCAAAUGCAAAGAGGAAUGCCAUAUAUGUUUUGCACUUGGAUUAUGGAUCUAAUCCAGCAGCAACCCACAUGGAUUACAUAUCAGAGUUUACUGUUACCAUGCCUAUCUUGAGUUUGACAGGGACUAGUGAUGUUUUACAUGGCCAAUAUGUUGCUCAGAUUUAUUGUGUCCAGACACAGGCUAUUCAGCAGUACACUUUGGACUUAUGCCAGUGCUUACCGCCACUGUUAGCAGAUGUGGGUUCCGAGAAGUCAGAACCCAAUAUUUCACACGAUCUAGCUAAUACUGAAGGAGUUCCUCCUCUGGACUCAAGUGGAAAUAAAUUUUCCGAUAUCCCUACAAGUUCUGCUUCAGUGGGUGCAGCCAUUUUGCGUGAUAUUUCCUCUUCUGAUAUUGACUCUAAGCCUCUUGUUUUCACCCCUUCUAUUAGUGAUGCUGAGAUUGCUUGUGUCACAUCAUCUCCUCUUUCCCUGACACAUAAGGGUUUCACUGAGGUUACAGUUGCAGCAGGGCUUGAGCCAGGCCUGCCACCUGGUGACCAAAGUUCAAAUCAGGCAGUAAUUGAUUAUUUAGUUGACCAGCAAAUGGACACUAUUCAUGCAAACUUAUCAGAUGUUCAUUCCUUAGAUGGUGAUGUGAGGACUGAUGAGAUUAAAGGCACACGAGAUGAAAGCUCUAGCAUCCUUAAUCCUUCUAUUAUUUUUAAACACCCAACACAUCUGAUAACUCCUUCUGAGAUUUUAAUGGGUGCUUCAUCCCCUAGUAAUAAUAGUAAUAAUAAUGAGGUCAAGGCUGAGUUUGAAGCAAAUAUUCAAGAUGUUGUCAAUAAUGAUGUCAAUAAUGCAGAGGUUGAGGUUAAAGUAGUUGGUGACACAAAAUCUACUCAUAAUGAUGAAUUUGGUCUCCGAGGAGAAACAAAACACCUUAUUUCAGAAAAAAAGGAAAAGUAUUUUUGCUCUCAGGCUUCAGAUCUUGGUAUUGAGAUGGCCAAGGACUGUUGUUCCAUAUCAGCAGAAACUCAUACAAUGGAGGAAUCUCAACAAGUUGAUGGUGUAGAUGUGGCCAAGUUUCUUGCCCAACCUGCUCAUACAAGUGAGGAAGAAGUCGAUGACUCCACAAAAGAUACAUCAGGGAAAUCAUCUGAGUCAAGUAUGCCUGCAAUAGUUCAACAAUCAACAUCUCCAAAUAUGAAGGGAAAGAAGCAGAAGGGAAAAAAUUCUCAGGCAUCAGGUCCAUCUUCUCUGUCUCCAAGUGCUUCUAAUUCAACAGAUUCUUCAAAUGAACCAGCUGGCACUUCAAGUCUCCCAUCUUUGGAUGCUGCCUUUCCUCAAAUUUUUGCCAUGCAGGAGAUGCUUAAUCAGCUAGUGACCACACAAAAGGAAAUGCAGAAGCAGAUGUCAAAUAUGGUUGCUGUCCCUGUUUCAAAAGAAUGUAGAAGACUGGAAGCAGCUUUAGGGCGGAGCAUAGAGAAAGCUGUCAAGACAAAUAGUGAUGCACUGUGGGCUCAUAUUCAAGAAGAGAAUGCAAAAAAUGAAAAGCUAUUGCGAGAUCGCACACAACAAAUAACAAGUAUGAUCUCUAACUUUGUCAACAAGGACUUGACAGCCGUGUUAGAGAAAGCAGUGAAGAAAGAAUUGGCUUCAGUUGGGCCUGCUGUAGCUCGUACAGUUUCUCCGGUUAUUGAGAAAACAAUAUCUUCAGCAAUUGCAGAGUCGUUCCAGAGAGGAAUCGGUGAUAAGGCAGUGAAUCAACUGGAGAAAUCAGUUAAUUCAAAACUUGAAGCAACUGUUGCUAGGCAAAUUCAAGCACAGUUCCAAAUUUCUGGCAAACAAGCUCUCCAGGAUGCCUUGAAGGCUGGUCUGGAAGCUUCAGUAGUCCCUGCCUUUGAGAUGUCAUGUAAAGCUAUGUUUGAGCAAGUAGAUUCGACCUUCCGUAAAGGGAUGGUUGAACAUACAACUGCAGCUAAACAGCAUUUUGAAUCUGCACAUUCUUCAUUGGCCCUUGCUUUAAGAGAAGCCAUCAACUCUGCUUCAUCAUUGACUCAAACAUUGAGUGGGGAGUUGGCUGAAAGUCAAAGGAAGCUGGUUGCUCUUGUUGCUGCUGGUGCAAACUCAGGUUCUGUAAAUCCCAUGGUUACACAACUGAGUAAUGGACCUUUAGCUGGCCUCCGUGAAAAGGUUGAGACGCAUGUGGAUCCAACAAAAGACCUAUCAAGAUUGAUAUCUGAACACAAAUAUGACGAGGCUUUCACCAUUGCCCUGCAAAGGAGUGAAGUGUCAAUUGUAUCUUGGUUAUGUUCUCAGGUUGAUUUGCGUGGGAUAUUAGCAAUGGUUCCUCUCCCCUUAAGCCAAGGAGUAUUGCUCUCUCUUCUACAGCAAUUGGCCUGUGAUGCUGGCAAGGAUACAGCUCGAAAGCUUACAUGGAUGACGGAUGUGGCGGCCGCCAUAAACCCAGAAGACGAAAUGAUUGCAGUACACGUUCGGCCCAUCUUUGAGCAAGUAACUCAUAUUCUACACCAUCAACGGAGCUCGCCUACAAUCACUGGUCCUGAGCUCGCAACCAUCCGCGUUCUCAUGCAUGUCAUUAAUUCUGUUCUAGUGACCUAUAAAUGAUUCUCCUAUUCUCACUGUGCAAAUUAUAAUUGGAGUUUUGAGGUAGUUGGAAAUUUGUACAAAAUCUUUGGUGGUUCCUUCAUAUGAAGGGUCUCAGGUAGUUCUCUCUCUCUUUUAGGGGUGUUUUGUAGGUUAGGUUCUAGAGGCAACAACGGCUACGCUACUGUUUUUGUCUUUCAAUAGUUAAGGUGCUUCAGAUUUUUGCGCUUCUUCAGACUGACCUGAUUGAAAAUAUCAAUUUUGAUUUA